UGCCCGGAAGUGCUUCUGCUGGUUGCGGGCGUCAUGGCCUCAAGGUUACUUCGCGGAGCUGGAGCGUUGGCCGCCCAGGCCCUGAGGGCCCGCGGCCCCAAUGGGGUGGCCGCCGUGCGCAGUAUGGCGACUGGAGGCGGCAUCCCUACGGACGAAGAGCAGGCGACGGGGCUCGAGAGGGAGAUCAUGUUGGCCGCACGCAAAGGGCUGGAUCCAUACAAUAUGCUUGCUCCAAAGGCAGCCUCAGGCACUAAAGAGGACCCUAAUUUAGUCCCCUCCAUCACCAACAAGCGAAUCGUGGGCUGCAUCUGUGAAGAGGACAACAGUGCUGUCAUCUGGUUUUGGCUGCACAAAGGUGACGCUCAGCGAUGCCCUAACUGUGGAACCCAUUACAAGCUGGUGCCCCACCAGUUAGCCCACUGAGCCCCUGCACUGACUCACUCGAAACGCUUUCUUCUCUUCAAUAAAGACUAGCCAUUGCAUUGGCUCCUUCUCCCAUAA